CACCGAUGACGUUGCAGUAGGAAGAUAAACAUGGCGUCGGGGCAGCAGUGGGUGUUGGUGGAAAUGGUGCAAGCAUUUUAUGAGGCUCCUGCCUACCACUUGAUUCUGGAGGGGAUCCUCAUCCUGUGGAUCAUCAGACUGCUGUUCUCUAAGACCUACAAGCUGCAUGAGACCUACAAACUGACAGAGAAGGAAAAGGAGGACCUGAUUGAGGAGUGGCAGCCAGAGCCUCUCGUCCCUCCUGUCUCCAAAGAUCAUCCUUCCCUCAAUUAUGAUGUUGUCACAGGGCCUCCCAGCCACAAAAUCAUUAUCAAUGGAAAAGAGUGCAUUAACUUUGCAUCAUUCAACUUCCUGGGUCUCCUGGACAAUGAGCGGGUUAAGCAAAAAGCUUUGGCAUCACUCAAGAAAUACGGUGUGGGCACAUGUGGUCCGAGGGGCUUCUAUGGGACUUUUGAUGUUCACCUGGAGCUGGAGAGUCGCCUGGCCAAAUUCAUGAAAACAGAAGAGGCCAUCAUCUAUUCCUACGGCUUUGCAACCAUUGCCAGUGCCAUCCCUGCCUACUCCAAGAGAGGGGACAUCAUCUUUGUGGAUGAAGCCGCCUGCUUUUCCAUCCAGAAGGGUCUUCAGGCAUCCCGCAGCUUCAUCAAAUAUUUCAAACACAAUGACAUGGAGGAUCUGGAGAGGCUGCUGAAGGAGCAGGAGCUGGAGGACCAGAAGAAUCCUCGUAAGGCUCGAGUGACCCGGAAGUUCAUAGUGGUGGAGGGGCUGUACAUUAACACUGCAGACAUAUGUCCUCUUCCUGAACUGGUGAAGCUGAAGUACAAGUACAAGGUGCGGAUCUUUCUGGAGGAGAGCAUGUCUUUUGGCGUGUUGGGAGAACACGGCCGAGGAGUCACAGAACACUUUGGGGUCAAUAUAGAUGACAUUGAUCUGAUCAGUGCCAACAUGGAGAACGCUGUGGCUUCCAUUGGAGGCUUCUGCUGUGGACGCUCCUUCGUCAUCGACCACCAGCGUCUGUCGGGUCAGGGCUACUGUUUCUCUGCCUCGCUGCCUCCCAUGCUGGCUGCUGCUGCCAUCGAGGCCCUCAACAUCAUGGAGGAGGAUCCAGAUAUUUUCACUGUCCUGAGGGAAAAGUGCAGACGUGUUUACAAGGCUUUACAUGGAACUCCAGGUCUGAAGCUGGUCGGCGUGCAGUGUGCCCCGGCUCUCCACUUACAGCUGGACAAGAGUUCAGGCUCCAGAGAUGCUGACAUGCAGCUGCUCCGCGCCAUCGUAGAUUAUUGUUUGGAGAGACGUGUGGCUCUUACCCUGGCUCGCUACCUGGAAAAAGAGGAGCGCUUCCUCCCCUCCCCCAGUAUCAGAGUGGUGGUCACCGUCGAACAGACGGAGGAGGACAUCCAGAAGGCUGUGUCCUGUAUCCAGGAGGCAGCUGCAGCCAUCCUCAAAUGACCCUGAGCUGUUUGUCAGAGCUGAGACUGGGCCGACAUCUCUGGAGCUUUGAGUCCACUCAGUGGACAUGGUAGGACAUCACUGUGAGGGGGACACUGAUCCACAGACUGUGAGUCUGGCACACUGAGCGUGUGAAGAGGACUUUACUGAUAAAUUCAUCUUAUAUGUUGUUGCUUUGUGUUUGUUCAUCUCUAAAUUUUUUGCCUUUGUUCUCAUUCAUCACGUGUCAUCAUCAUCAUGCUACAUGUACCACAUGUUUUAUUUUGAAUGUAAGAGUGGACUUUGAGCAGGACUGACUGCAGCUGACUUCCUGCUGUGAAUGAUAUCGGUGUCAAGUCACUAAGACAGAGAGUAGCUGCAAUGAGAACAGACGUGAUCUCCACAGACCAAAUGACUUGUUGUUUUGGUGUACUGACCAAAGAGGAGCCGCGGCGCUCACGCUUUUAUUUAAUACUUGCACACAUGAACUUUACAUGAGGCUUGUGAUUUUAUUUGUCACUGGCUCUUUUAGCUCAAAUACACUGAGUUUUACACCUGCAUAUUUUGUUCUUUUUUUAAAGUCAACAUUAUUUCUGUUUUGUUAGAGCUUAUUGCGUUCUGAUCA